ACACGUAUUUAAUGGGCGUUAAAUUACAAUUUACAACUUUCACAAGUACUACACAUAGUAUAACCAAAUUGAGUUUCUUUCGUAAUAAAAAUUAAAAAAAAUCAAAGACAAGGCAUUGAAAUCAAAUGUUUGAUAAUUAAUGUCACAUACACUUAUUCACACACACACACACACACCAUACAUUGACCUUUCUUCAAAUGCUUGCCAAAUGAAAUUGUCAACAAGGUAUUCAGUGAAUGACAACGAUUAUUAAUAUCAUUAUUGUUGAUUAUAUAUGAAUAUGUAAUUAUUCUUAGAUUUAUUCAAUCAAUCAACUAAAUAUCAACUUGUGAACAAUAGAUUUAUAUAAUAAAGAAAACUAUGUUGUCAGUUGGACAGACUAAAACUAAAAAACCAAUUCAUCGGUCAAGAUCAUUGAAAAAUGAAAAACAUUCAAAGAUUUUUAAUGAAUCUGAUAAAAAUAAUCAUGACAAUGUACAUAUAUCUAAAAGAACAUCAAAAUCUGUUACUAGAUUACCUUAUCGAUCAAGAAAUUAUCAAUUGAAUGAAAUACAAUUUCAAUCAAAUUUACAUUGUACUAAUGAUACAAAACAAAAUAAUCAUGAUGAACUACAGUUUUCGGAGUCAGUUACACCGCUUUCAAUAAUCACUUCUACGACAACUAUUACAUCACCUUUAUAUUAUUCAAAAUUUCGUAAUCAUAAAUUAUUUACAUGUGAAAAAAUGGAAGGUGGUACUUUAUCGUCAGGAUCAUCGCUAUUAUUAUCGUCAUCAUCAUCAUCAUCAUCAUCAUCAACAACCACCACAACAACAACACCAUCACCGAAAUUAUAUUCAUCUAAUGGAUAUUUCUUUACACCAAAUCCAAUAUUAUGUAAUAAUGAACAUCUUAAUUUAUCUAUAAAAGAUAGUUUACAACUUGAUUCUUCAAAUGAUAUCGUUAAUAAUAGUGAAUGUGUAGGUAGUUCAUCAGUAAUCCAUAAUAUUAAAUCAAUCUUCAAUCGGUUUGUUGAUAGCUUACGUAAUAGGAAUAAUUUUAUCCUUAGUAACAGUAUCAGUAAUAGUAAUAAUAGUGGUAAUAGUAAUAAUAACCAUCGUAAUAUUUCAAAUACAGUUAAAAUUAAUGCAAACUGUGAUAAAAUAUCAACAGACAAAUUGAAUAGAUUACAAAUACCAUGGUUGACAAAAUUCACUACUCAAGAGCAAAAUCGUGUUCAACAAGCGUAUACACCAACUUCAACUUUUAUUACCGAUGGUGCUUCUAUUGGUAUGACUAGUGUUAAUUGUACUGAUGUGAUUGGAAAACAUAGAAAACCGAAUUCUUUUAACAGACCAAAAGAAGACCGAAUCCAGGAUAGCAUAAUCGUGCAUGAACAAAAUAAUGAAAUAUGCAAUAAACAACACCUUAUUAUUGAUAAUGUUAAAGCAUUCAAUCAAUCUGAACCUACUACACAAGCUCAAUAUACAAAUACAACUAGAGAUGUAAUUCAAUCUAAAGAGAACAGGCGAAGACAACCAGAUCGUAUAUCAUGUUUUACAACACAUUCUAGUUAUUUUUGUCAUAUUCAUGAAUUAAAUCCAUCGAAAACUUGUCAUAACAAUCAUCAACUUUAUCCAUGUCACUCAAAUUGUAAUCAUUAUCAUAAUGAAAAUAGUUUAUUACCAAAUAUUUCGUCUAAUUUCAAUCCAUUGAAAUCUACUAUUAAAGAUAACAGUAAACUACCUUAUCGAAGCAAUACAUUCCAUAUAAAAUCAUCAAAUACUAAUAAUCCAGUUAAGUUGAAGCAUACUACUAGUUCUCAUUAUCACUAUGUGAAACAUUGUUCACCUUCAUUAAAUCCUCAUUAUAUACCAGUUCAUCGAAUGAUGAGUUCAUCACCACCAUUUACAUUGAAACACUUAUCAACUAUUCGAAAUAUGUAUGAACAAUAUGAAUAUUCUACAAAAGUUAAUCAUAAAAAUUAUAUAAUUCAUAAUGAAAUAUCUAAUAUUGAUGAUCAAUCUGAAUCAGAUUUUUCAUCACCACAAUUAUCACCAUGUGAUCGUCCACGAUUUUAUAGUAGUAAUAUGAUUUUAUUAAAACCGCCAAAUCAUCAUCCAUGUAUGAAAUUGAAAUAUAUCACAGAACAAAUUCUUUUAGCUAAAUCAGUAUUUGAUGUAAAUCAACUUAAAAAAAGAUCGAAUUCUUGGUCAGUUCAUCGUGGUUUUAAUCUAAACUCUUCCAAAUGUGAAAGAUCAAGUAAUUUGGAAAGUGAAGAUGAAUUCAGCACAUGCGGCACUGGAAGACCAUCGGACUGUGAAUUCAAUAUCCCAUUUAAUGAUAUAAAAUUACUUAGAUGUUUAGAAAAAGGUGAACGUAAAGCGAUUUAUAAAGGUCAAUGGCAUGGUGAAGUUGAUGUACAUAUUUUUGAAGAUUUGAGCCUUAUAGAAAGAAAACGAUUUUGGCAGGAUGUUACACGACUUAUGAUGACUAGACAUGAAAAUAUUGCUUUAUUUAUGGGUGUAUGUGUUGAUCCACCUAAUUAUGCAAUUGUAACUAGUGCAUCUAAAGGUGUAUCAUUAUAUAAUAAACUUCAUAUAAAGCGUGAAAAAUUAUCAUUUACAAUGCGAAUCUAUUUAUUACGUCAAUUAGCUAAUGCUAUGACUUAUUUACAUAGUCGUAAUAAUCCUAUUGUAAUACGUCGUUUAUCUAGUAAAAAUAUUUUUUUAAAACCUAAAAUGAAUUUGUAUCUAAUGGAUUAUUCAAUGGUUGAUUGUGAUUAUCAAAUACCGGAUCACGUUCCGAUUCCUUUGGAUGGAGUAAAAUAUAUUGCACCGGAACUUUUACUAAAUAUCAAAAAAGCAAUUGAAAAACUAUGCAAAAACAACUGUCAGUCAACUUUGAAAGAACCAAAACUUAUCAAUACUCCUGGCUAUUUACACAACAAACCACAUACAUCAAUUCAUUUAUUUAAUAUUCACAAAUCCCGUCUACAUUAUAACUUAACUACAAUGAAAUCAUCCAUAUAUAAUCCACAAUAUAUCAAUCUAUUCAAAUCAUGGUCUGAUUUAAGUAAAACAAUUGAUUACCCUCAAUUAAUAAAAUAUAUAUCAUUGCCAAAUAUAUAUUUAUCUGAACAUAUAUCUAUGUAUCCAAAUGAAAUGUCUAAAAAUGAUAAAUCAAUUCAAUCAAUUUCACCGCGUAAAGUUAGUUUCAUUAAAACAAUUCGUGAAUUUAUUUCAAGAUCAGAACAAAAAAAACUAUUAUUUAAAUGUGUACACAUACCUGUAACAGAAUUUACUACAUUUUCUGAUAUAUUUGCAUUUGGGACAAUCAUAUUUGAAAUAAACACUCGAUGCUAUCCAUAUGAAGAAUUGGAUUUAUGUCAUUGUAUUAAAUAUUUACUGGAUGGUCAGAGAGAUGAUGGCCGUGCAUACUGCAUACCGACUUACAUGAAGAUUCUUAUGUGUAAGUGCUGGUCAAACGAUCCAUCUAAAAGACCUUCAAUGACCAAAAUUACUCAAGAGCUAACAGAAAGUCAUGGUUUGAAUCGACGAAAGAACUCGGAUCCGGUUCACUAAAGAUUUUACAAGAUUGUUUUUAAUAAGAUCAAGAUGUGAAAUACUAGGUUUAUUAUGAUCAUACAAAAAACAGUAAAUUCUCUAACGAAAUACCUUCAUUAUACAAUGUAUUAUAGAUAUUUAGUUUUGAGAAAAUAGAAUUGCUUUUUUUCAAAAACAUAUGCCUUAUUAUAUUAAUAGAAACUAUAUACUAUACCUACCCACAUCUGAUCAACUAUUCGAUG